AUGCGCAACGAUCGCAACGACGUGCUUGCCAUGAUCGAUUUCAACGUGCCUUCCCCGCAAUUGGUUUGUGUUGUUACCGCCGGUCACGUCAAGCUCGACUUGAUCGUGGCAAGCCUGUUGACAGCAGCAACGAUCCACACGCGUCGAGCCGAGAUGAUGUCCCAGACAUUGGUGUCGCACGGCAUGGCGGAGCUAAGCGGCAACAGCAUCUUCAUCCAACAGCAAGUCAAUGCGAACAUCCGGAUGGUGAUCCAGGAAGCAGAAGGCAUGUGGAAGAAGCAGCCCCAGAGUGUCUGUCAACUAAGUGUGGAUGUGGAGGCUUGGGAUUGCACAUGGCACAGUCACGUGAAUAGGCCACUAAAAUUAAGUGGCCGAAACGUUGUCAAGAUUCAGCCGGUUCCCACCAAUCAUUAA